UCCUUGGCCUAUUUCAGGCUCUUAUAUGAUUCGAUAUAUGUUCAAAAUGAGGAUACCAAUAUUUUUUUCGAUUUUAUGGAAGAAAAUGCCUUGAGCUCUUAUACCUUCAGAGAUUGUCGCGGACAUAAACUUGCACUGUAUUUGAGACGCUUCCUUCUGCCUGUCACAUAUCAAAUCAAUAUACCCUCUUACCUUUUUGCAAUGGAUAUAAAUAGGUAUAAAAUGACAAGAAGCACUUAGUUUUCUGAUUACGAGACCUUUAUCAAACAUAAGCUAUUUUCAUGAUAAGCAAGCAAAUAAUUAAAGUCCAAUUAGCUAAAUGUGAAACUCAUACGGAUUAGUUGGAAAUUCUUGCGAUGUCGAUUCGGUUUGACAUUCUGUUGCUCGCCUGUUGCCUGUGUCUUGGCGCUAGUGGAGCACCGCUUAAAGCGGACGAGUAUGAGGCAAUUGAUCCAGAGCUUGCUGGUGACUACUUCCAGGGUGACAUGGAUGUGGAACUCACACGGAAUGGAGAACUAGCAGUGACUCGUCACUGGCCUAAUGCCACAGUCUACUACAAGAUAGAUGAGCACUUCAGUGCUGCACAAAUGCAACAUAUUGAGUUGGGAAUGCGGCGUCUUGAACUUGUAUCUUGCAUACGUUUCCUGCCUGCCAGUGAGGAUACCGUGGACUAUGUGUUGGUCACCGUUUCCACAACUGGCUGCAGUUCCAAGGUUGGCUACAUCGGCAGCGAGCAGACGGUCAAGCUAAAGCCCAACGAUUUGGACACUGGUUGCUUCCGACUAGGCACCAUACAGCAUGAGCUGCUCCAUACUUUGGGAUUCCAUCAUCAGCAAAGUUCUGCGGAUCGCGACGAUUACGUGAAAAUUGUGGAGGAAAACAUUACUGAGGGAAAAGAACACAAUUUUCAGAAGUAUGAAGCGGACCGGGUGGAAAACUUCGAUGCACCCUAUGAUUAUGGUAGCAUUCUGCACUACAGCUCCAAGGCCUUCUCGAAGAAUGGAGAAGAAACAAUUAUCGCUCUAGACCCAGAUGGUCAGUCCCAAAUGGGGCAAAGGCGCGCUCUGAGCUUCGCUGACGUGAGUCGCCUCAAUACUAUGUAUAAAUGUCCAAUGCAGGUGUAAUUAAAAUUGCGAACAUCUUUUAAUAAUUCAGAAAUCGGAAUCAAUGUGUUUUAGCUGUGAAUG